AUGGCGAAAGAGAAGAAAGGGCGUAAUUCCAAGGACAAGAAGACCUUGAAGAAGAAGCCCUUGGACGAUGACACAGCUUGCACUGGAUCGGAGGACCAGUGGUAUGAUGCCACUUCGGAUUCGCAGGGCCUCAACGAUUACUGCGAGGCUUGGGCUGGCACCAGGUGGCUGGACAUGCUUGAUGUCUUCAGUUUCCACGAGGGAAUGAAGCAGCAUGCUGGCUCUCGCACGGUUGUCUCCCUGGACAUCCGCCUCAAUCCAGUUCACGACCUGACUACAAAGCGAGGAAUGAUGCUUCUGUUGAGCCUACUGAUGGCCCUCAAACAUGGGGCGCUGCUAGCCCUGGCUCCUCCAUGCAGCCUUUUCAUAUGGCUAUCUUGCAGUAUCCAUUUGAGGCAUGCCCUUGGCCCCUAUGGAAAUUUACGAAACCUAAAAGUGCGCAUGGCGAACAGAAUCGUUCUCAACACAGUCGCAGCUAUUCAAUGUGUCAUGGAGUUCCGCUUUUUCCGCCUGCUGGUCGAACAACCAAAGGGGUCGGCUAUGUUUUCCCUACCUGAGAUGGAGAAGUUGAUUGCAUCCAAGCAGAUGAAGCGCCACCUGACGUACAUGGGGUACUGGGGUGGCCCCAUCAUGAAGCCCACUUGGAUCAUGACGGACUUGAACGGUGGUGAAUUGGCCGUGGUCAUGACAAAGACCCUCAAGAAGAAGAUCGCUCAUAAGCUAGAGGACAAGAGCAAAUACUUUCGCAUCUCCAAGAUUGCCAACAGCCAAAAAGUGUCUGUUUCAGGCACCAAAAAUCUAGGAUUGACUGCAAAGUGGCCUGAGCGCUUUUGCGCCAAAGUUGUUGAAAUUUGGGAGCGGGACUUUCAGGAAUGA